CAAGAAUCUUAAGUAUGUGACUUUAAAACACAGUCCACUAAAAAUUACUAAAAAUUAAAUAACAUUAUUAAAAUGAAGGUGAAGAGGUUUUUUCGUCGAUUGGCAACAUUAUUUAAGUGCUGUGUUUCGGAAAACAAAAAGCAUAAUACAAGUGGUGAUGUACAACUAGAUGUUAAAAACAUAGAAUGUAGCACAACACAAAUGAAUGAUAUCGAUGUACAAAAUGAAGUGUCAGUAGAUAGUGUGUCAAUUGUAAAACAAGAUAAUGGCGACGAUAUGAUUGUUGUGGAAAAUAUUAAUUUAUCUGAAGAUACAAAUGACAUUUGCAUUUCCAAUACUUUAACUGAGGAGGAUCCCUCAAAUAAUAGUGCCCCAGAGCUCAAAAUUGAUUGUAUAGAAGAUUUGUUGGCAGUUAAGCAAGAGAAUGUUGAAGAUAUGAUUACUGAGGAAAAUAUGUAUUUACCUGAAGAUAUGAAUGACCUUUGCAUUUCCAAUACUUUAACUGAGGAGGAUCCUUCAAAUAAUAGUGGAACAGAGCUCAUAGUAGAUUGUAUAGAAGAUUUGUUGGCAGUUAAGCAAGAGAAUGGUGAAGGUAUGAUUACUGAGGAAAAUAUGAAUUUACACGAUGAUGUGAAUGACCUUUGCAUUUCAUAUAUUUUUACUGAAGAGGAUCACUCAAAUAAUAGUACCCCAGAGAUCAAAAUUGAUUGUAUAGAAGAUUUGUUGGCAGUUAAGCAAGAGAAUGGUGAAGAUAUAUUUGCUGUGGAAAAAAAGAAUUUACACGAUGAUAUGAAUGACUUUUGCAUUUCCUAUAUUUUUACUGAACAGGAUCACUCAAAUAAUAGUGCCCCAGAGCUCAAAAUUGAUUGUAUAGAAGAUUUGUUGGCAGUUAAGCAAGAGAAUGGUGAAGAUAUGUUUGCUAUGCAAAAUAAGGAUUUACACGAUGAUAUGAAUGACUUUUGCAUUUCCUAUAUUUUUAAUGAAGAGGAUCACCCAAAUAAUGAUUCGCCAGAACUGGAAGUAACACCUAUUGAAGAAGAAGUGUCCAUGGAAACGCGUAAACACGAAGAAGGUGUUAUACGCUAUUUUGGAAUGAAUAAUGGAGCCGGUAGAAUAAUUUCAAAAAAUGGAAAAUGUUAUAAAUUUUAUAAGAAAGAUAUUGUUGGUACUUAUAAAUAUUAUAAAUCUCCACAAAAAGCAAAGUUUGUGGUCAAUGAUUCACAGCCGAAUUGGGCCAUAGAUGUUGAAAUAGUUGGAGAUAUUUAUGGCCAACGAUGCUAUUAUUGCUUAACGCAUGGUCAUUAUACAGAGGAAUGUAUGCAAUUAGAUAUUGACUCAUUAAAUUUUUACUAUCCUUACAUUUAAAGUACUAG